AACAUUUAGUUUAUCACGCCGUUGGAUAUGAGUUAAAAGAAGUGAAAUUUAAAAGUAUGAGCUGUACUUAUGGGCAAAACGUCAGGAAAUAUGUAAACAAAUCGAAAAACAAAACAACAACUAAAACGAAAACGAAAACAACAUCAGCAUAUGAGCGAGGAUCGCUACGAAGGCUCUGCUAGUUUAGAAUGCAAGGCGUUAACGAGUCGCUGCCGCGAGGACAGCUUGGUGCGCACGAAAACGUAAACAAGUGCAGAACAAUACUUAUUUGUGUCAAAAUUGGCUAAUGGAUUGGAUGUUGUUUUGCAAAAACAUGUUUAGAAGAGAAUCCCUGAAAAAUAAAAAUGAAAAUGUAAACAAAUGUUUUGUUUGGAAUGUCGUUUUGAGCGUUGUUUUGCGAAAACAUGUUUAAAGGAGAAUCCCUGAAAAAUAAAAACGAAAACGUAAACAAGUCUUUGUUUGUCCUCUGAGCGUUAUCAGCUAAGAAUGUGUGGCACUUUUCAAAUGUGCUGAUAUCGCAACAUUUUGUGGCAUAUAAAUUGGUGCGGCCGAGGGCUAGCUAGAUCAUUACUAAGAAUUUAAGCAUUGUGACAACACAUUGACUGUGCCGUGAAAAGAAUUCAGAAGAAGUACCAAAUCAUUUCGUAGACAUUUUCCACAAAUUCGCAAGAAGUUAAAAGUGUUAACUUAUUUCAAAGAAACUCGUGCAAAAAACAGCUCAGGAAUAUGGAUCUAUCUAUGCAUGAGAAAGCCGUGGACUAUCUCUAUCGCCACAAGAAGUUCGAUCAUGGCAAGCGUCCACGUGAAGAAGAUGUAUUACAAGAGCUGAAUCAACUCAAUCGCGACGGACGCUCGCCAGCGAAUGCAAUAUUGCUCAAUCCACACUUUUAUGGUGUUGAGCGCGUUUCUACACCAUUUUCCACCGACUCGAAUUGCUCUUCUGAAUAUACGGGCUUUGUGACGCGCUGCAAUGCCACCAGCACGCCAAGCAGCAAGAGGCCACGCCUUAUAUCCAGUGGUGCAUGUGGCACAUCCAAUCCGAGCAGCGAGGAUAGCGGCGUCGUCACAUUAACACCUAAGAAAGUGGUGACAGUCAACGAGUCCCAACCCGGUCAACAGCGCAAACGUCUGCUAAAGCCAUCGUUGCUCGCACAACCGCCGAUGAAGAAACAAAAGGCUGUGCAAGCCGGUGCAGCGAAACAGACUUACACUACAUCCAAAAACCCGGGUAACAACAGCAACUCUGGUGACAACAGCGCCACUAAUCCUAUCACCGGCAGCAGUGCUAUUAAUGUGUCCACCAACACAAGCGCCAUUAACACCUCGGCUAACAAGGGCAUCAAAACAUACUUGUCGAACAAAAGUGUUAGCCCGGUGAGUGCCAACAGCAUUAAAGCGGUACUGAAGCCCACAGAAGUAGGCACCUUGGAGUUGCCUAAAGGCGCUGAUUCCCUCGUCAACAACAGCGAUCCUCAAUUGGACGCCAACUCUGUAUUGUCACGCAUUAGCGAGGAUAAGCUGCGCAGCAUUUGCACUUUUCAUACGAAUAUGGUGCGCCAGUUUCCGAAGAAAGAGCGUUCGCCCAAGGAUCAGGAGCGUCGCAACAAAAACACAAUCGCUUGCCGUAUGAGUCGUCGUAUCAAAAAGCUGGAACAGAUCGCUGUCGAAGAAGAAUGUAAGGAGCUAGAACAGCGACAUGAGGCAAUGACGGAAGAGAUAUUGCGUGCUACAGCUUAUCUGGAGCAAUUGGAGCUGUUAAUGGCACAAACACAAAUUUCCGACGACGAAGAUUCCGAAAUCGAUGUCGUUAAUGUUGGCGAUGAGAAUGACACUCCGGCUACGGCAAGCGCUUCGAAGCUGAACAACAAGCCUGUUGGUGUGCCUAUGCAGCCGCCACUUGUUACGCGACCUGCCAGCAGCAUAAAGCCUCAUCCUUUCUCGAUCGCAGGCCUAUUGGGUAAUCUGAGCCCAAUAAAUGCGUGAAUACACAGCUUCUGGUCGAAGUAGGGAUAACUUAGCAGUAAGCAUUAAAAUAGUUUUACUUAAUUAUAUAUAUACUUGUACUAGAUGUUACAGUUAAUGUUUUGAUUCGAGAAAUCCAUUUGAAAAAUUUUCUGGUUUAUGAUAAGAUUUAGAGACAUUAAGCUAAGAUUAUGUUUGUAUUACAGUAUAGCAUUUAUGUUUUUAAAAAUAUUUAUUGAACUUUCUUAAAGUUUAACCUAUAUCUACUGUAUUUAAGAAAAUGUUAUUUAUGUG